AUGGCCCGCCUGGCAGCAUGCAACUUGGUGGCUGCAUUAUCUGCACGCGUGUACGGCAUCAUGGAGUUCAUUAACCCGCCACCCUUCGGAACGACUGGCGACUUGAGUGAUAGCCCAACGUACGAUGAAGGCACGACUGUGAACGUUGCCUGGACUCAAGACGAAGACAGAGGGGGUGUAUCACUAUGUCUUUUCCAGCAGAAUAAAACAGAUGGCACAUGGUUUGGUGAUAUGGAAUAUCUGACGCAAACAAGCUCACUUUGGAAAUUAGAGAAUGCUCUGGAUAUCACAAGAUACUCCUGGCUUGUCGGAACGAGAAAGAAUCUCACACUAUCGAACCUGUUUUACCUCAGCGUCUUCCAAGAAGGGAAGGGGUCCCCGGACUCCAACAGCCACUACUUCUACAUCAAGUCAAAGCGCACUGAAGAGAAUGCAUCACCAUCAUCUUCUAUGUUCUCUUCUAGAUCAGGAUACACACCUACUGCCGCGCCAGUAUCAACCCCAACAGGCUUAAGCACCUCAAGUAUUAGUAUCGGUACUAUGCCAAUGAGCACUCCGACCAGCAAUACCACAGAUCUACAAAAUCUCUCUGGCCAAGUACCCCCAGCGGACGGCUUUCCUCUAGGUGCUAAGAUUGGCCUUGGUGUAGGAAUACCCAUCGCCCUUAUUCUCGGACUCGUCGGGGGAUGGCUACUUUUCCGCCACCAUAAGAAAAGGGAAGCUGUUUUCCCAUACAUGGGACACGAGGUGUCUGCUAGUCAAACCAAGCAACACGUAUACUACAACAAUGGGGGGUUUUGUAGUACAAAUGUGAGCGAGGCACCAGCAAAGUCACCAGUGGAGAUUGGACAGCACUAUGUCUAG